AUGUCUCAACGAACAUCGCUUGCUGGUCUUGAUGAUUAUACUGCAGAUGGAGCAGAAAGUUUUGAUGUAUUAGAAAAUCUCGUCUCAUCAUUACCAAUUACAAAGUCCGAACAGCAACAAAUAAUAACGCAAUUACAUAAUGCCAAAAGAUAUUUAAAAAUCGGAUUUUCCUUGAAUUUAUCGUUACAGUCGAAUGUUUCUUCGCAUUGUGUCGACUUUGCUCUUUCCGAUUCUAAUCCGAAAAGCGAUUUUUAUAUUAACUGCAAUCAUCACCACAAUAAUGACUGUGAAAACUGUGAAAACUUAGUUGCAACACUCACUCAAAUAACAGAACUAAUUCGAACGUCUAGUAAUCCAAAAAAAGAUGAAUGGGAAUACGAUUGUACUGCUAGUAUUAACAAAAUUUAUGAAUGGCAGAAACACCUCGUUCGUCAUUUUGUUCAAUCAAAAUCAAAAAACGAUAUUUUGAACAAUCUUAAGCCUGACGCAGCAUUUUGGCUUAGAGAUUGGAGCAUGAAGAUAUUACCCAUGGAGUAUCGUGAGAAAGCUAGUAGUUGGUUCGGUAAAAGAGGAAUGUCACAAGAAGUUGAUGUUUUUUGGACACCAUCUGGAAAAACAACCAGUGAUGGUCAACAAAUUCUACAAAAAUAUGUUUAUGUAACGAUGCUUGAUCAAUCCAGUCAAGAUAUGCAUGCCGUGGGAGCGGUGGCUGAUCAGGUCCUGAGGCAAUUUCAUAUUGAUGCUCCGCAAGUGAAAAAUAUUUUCUUAAGAAAUGACAACGCAACAUGUUACUCAGGUGGUGCACAAAUAUAUCUUACAAAAUACAUCUGUCAACAAAACGGCUUUACAUUGAAACGUAUCGAUUUUAAUGAAGCUGGUAAAGGAAAAGAUCAAUGCGAUAGAGAAAGUGCAUGCACAAAAACACAUCGUGAUUAUUACGUAUCUUCCGGAAACAAUGUUACUACUGCUCUUCAAAUGAAACAAGCUGCUGAAUCGAAUGGAGGUGUCAAAGACACAAAAGUUGCAGUUGUCAAUAUCGACGAGAACAAAAAGUCACUAAAAUUGGUUAAAUUAAAAGACUCGACUCAAUAUCAUAGUUAUGAAUUUGGUAAUAACAAUGUACGAGCAUGGAAACAAUAUGCAACUGGCUCUGGUCGUCUUCUAAAAUUACCAACAUUCGAAGAAUUACAAUUCAAGUCAGGAUUGACAGUUAUCAGUCAGUUUCCUCCGCUUUUCUCUCAAGGAACAAAAUUGAAUCCUGCAAAACAAUCAUCUCAACAAAGAAAACCAUCAUCAAAAAAAUCGUCAGUUUUAUUCUGCUCAGAUUUACAUUGUGUUUUAACAUUUGCUGAUACCAAAGAACUUGAACAACAUAUAAAAGUCAACCAACAUGAAUAUUUCCAAGAAAAUGCUGAGGUGCAAAGUCUUCCGAUUAUAGAAAAAGCAAAGAUUUAUUUUAUUGAUCAUCUUAAAGGUGCUACCAAUAUCAUUAAUUCAACUACACAUUCUACUACAUCGUCUUCCACAUCAUCGGUAACGAAAAAGUCUCACUCUAAUUCUAUUUGGAUUGCUCGAGGUUGGGCGCAAAGAAAACGGUCAAUAAGAAUUUCGUUAUCGAUACAACAAACCAAGUUCUUAGACCAAUUGUACGAACGUGGCGAAAAAACAAAAAAGAAAGUCUCUCCAGCUGCAGCAGCAGACUUAAUGCGAACAGAAAUCGAUAAUAAGAAUAACAAACUAUUUCGUCCUCAUCAAUAUUUGAAUAAAAAACAAAUUGCAAAUUAUUUUUCGUCGAAAAAAAGAGAACCAUUUCAAUAUCCAUCAAGUGCAGUUGAUGAAGAGAAUGAUGACGAUGACGAAGAUGAAGAAGCUGCUCAACGUCAACAGCAGCAGUUAGAUGAUGAUGAACCAGUUGUGACCGCUAAAGCAUCAUACUAUCGAACAAGAACCG